AUGAUGGAAUAUGCAAAAACGCGCAAAGGGCCGCUGCCUGGAGGUCGCCAGGGCGCGUCUGGUGCUGGCGCUGGACGUGACAGCAUGCGAACCGCCAGCCGAGCGAGAGGUGCUGCACGACCACCCAUCAGCCCCUCGCAUCCAUCAUCCCAACCAGCUGGCUUGGUGUCGGCAGGGUCUUCGCAGGCCCAGCAAUCGGCACCCGCCACUGUUGGAGUACGCCGCAUGCGAUGGACAACCGAAACGAAUACUAACGCAUUGCGGGCGUAUUUUAGGGCGAAAGGGGGAGAAGUUGGAGGUUUGGCGUAUCGGGCUAGGAUGCAUCGUCUUUUUGCUGAGCUGGAGCCAUCUUUCACCGUCUCAGAGCAAAACCUGGCAGACCGGGUUCGGUAUAUCUUGCGCUCAAAUAUAUUUGAUGUCGCCGAACUCGAACGACUACGACGUGAGGCUGUUCCCUUAUCGGAUGAAAAUGCUACGGCUAAGGAUGCGGCGCCACAAAUUGCAGAGCAACCCGCAAAUGUGAAUGCCGCCGUGAAUACCCCAGUUGUGGUUGAUUCAAACGAUGAUGGAACAGUCGCCCAGGAACUGGAAUUAGAGCAUAUGAGGAGUACAUUGGAAGAGUCGAUUGUGGAAACGCGCAGUACGCCUCUCGAAAAUCGACCGCGACUUCCCCGCAUAGCCCUAAGCAAGCGGAAUCGGGCUGUCGUGAUGGCUCUGAACCCAAUGCUGGUGACCUAUUUGGAAGCCAGCCGGGACCUUUGCGAGACGGACUCAAUUCUUUUUGGCGCCACACUGGCAGUGUGCCGUAUUAUAGGCGCCAAACUUUCCACGGCUGGACUCGUUACUGGACAAAGUAGCGCUAUCCCAGUCUGGAGAAUAAGAAUUGAAGAACUUAUCGCAAAGGCUAGGGCCCUCAUCGGCAGACUGAUAUGUGUCAGGUCAGGCAACAAUAGGCCAAGGAUUGUGCGCACCGUCAGGAUGGCAUUUGCUGGGACAAAUGUUAGUUUGUCCCAGCCGGAUAUAAUGCAAAAACUGACGGAGCGCAUAGACGACCUGAAGCAGAGAAUCGCUGCUUGGGGAAAGCGGAUUCGGCGAUAUACCGAGAGGUCGACACUGUUUAACCAGAAUUUUCUCUUCCAGAGUGAUCAGAAGAGGCUCUAUAAAUUGUUGGAGCGACCAAUGGUAAGUGGAACGGGCCCAGCACCGAAUCAGGCCGACACUGUAGCAUACUGGCGCGGCCUGUGGUCAGAGCCCAUAAACCACAGCGAGGACCCUUGGACGGAAGUUGUGGCGAGUCAGUGUGCGAGUAUAACGCCCAUGAACCCCGUCAUUAUAACGCCGGAUGACGUAGCUGAGGCGGUUCGUGGGGCCCCGAACUGGAAAAGUCCGGGACUCGACGGGCUGCAUCACUACUGGCUGAAGGGGUUUGUGGUGUGUCACACUGUGUUCGCCCGACAGUUCCAAGAAGCUCUCAACCAGAAAUCGCUCCCGAGCCUCUUCACUACUGGGAUCACCCAUUUGGUUCCAAAAGACCAGCGCCUUGCGAGAGGCGCUAGAGCUACGAGCUACGCUAGAGCUCUCAUCGGCAGACUGAUAUGUUUCAGAUCAGGCAACAACAGGCCAAGAAUUGUGCGCAACGUCAGGAUGGCGCUUGCUGGGACAAAUGUCAGUUUGUCCCAGCCGGAUAUAACGCAAAAACUGACGGAGCGCAUAGAUGAUCUGAAGCAGAGAAUCGCUGCUUGGGGAAAGCGGAUUCGGCAAUAUACCGAGAGGUCGACACGGUUCAACCAGAAUCGUCUCUUCCAGAGUGAUCAGAAGAGGCUCUAUGAAUCGUUGGAGCGACCAAUGAUAAGUGGAACGGGUCCAGCACCGAAUCAGGCCGACACUGUAGCAUUCUGGCGCGGCCUGUGGUCAGAGCCCGUAAACCAUAGCGAGGGCCCUUGGACGGAAGUUGUGGCAAGUCAGUGUGUGGGUAUUACGCCCAUGGACCCCGUCAUCAUAACGCCGGAUGACGUAGCUGAGGCGGUCCGUAGGGCCACGAACUGGAAAAGUCCGGGGCUUGACGGGCUGCAUCACUACUGGCUGAAGGGGUUCAUGGUGUGUCACUCUGUGCUCGCCCGACAGUUUCAAGAGGCUCUCAACCAGAAGUCGCUCCCAAGCCUCUUCACUAUUGGGAUCACUCAUUUGGUUCCUAAAGACCAGGAAGUGCCUUAG